AUGGCCACCGAGGCGCUAAGCUUUAGCAAGAGUGCUUCUGCAGCUGCGGCAGUUGUGGCAGCGACAGCAGCAGCAACUGGAGCUUCAUCAGCAUUGUCGCUUCGCAACAGCAGCGGGAUCGGCAAGCACAGUUCAUCCUCAUCUCCACAUCGGCAUUCGCUCAUUGCCAUUAACCACAAUAUCAACAACAACAACAACAACAUUCAGCAGCAGCAACACCAUCACCAAAGAACACUGUCUGCCGAGCUUCGACGCCAGACCUCAGGUCAGCGGCACCAACAGCGACACCAGCAGCUGCAGCAGCAUCAUCAUCAGUUGCAGAAGCAGCACUCGGAGCCCCUGCUGCUGCUGCCACCACCAGACUGUGGAGAGUUGUCGGGUGGAUGCGGCAGUGGCAGUGGCAGCGAGUCCACCGCCAGCAGCACCGACAACUGCACCGGUGGUGGAACUGCGCACAGCUGCUCUGGCGGAAGUGGCAGCAGCAGCUCCAGUAGCUCCAGUCCGAUCAACUCCUCGACGAUGGUGACCACCUGUGGUACGACGGUUACCGCCACUGUCAACAACAGCAGCUCAACCGGGUCAGUGGUCGGCAACAACUCCUCCGCCGGCGGCUGUACGCAGGCAGAGCUGCCCAGUGCCAAGAUCGCCGCCUCACUGACCACAGCAUCUCAGCUGGGCCCGCUAGUUCAGAAUCACCAAUCGACCAAUGCCAAUACCAGCCCUCACCAGCCGCAGCCACCUCAGCACAGUCAUCACCACAGCAGUCACUCCCACUCACAUCGGCGGACUCAUGAGGCGGCGACGGCGGCGAGCAAGAUGCGACUCACAG